ACAAUCCGUACAUUUAUUAUCAUUUUUCAAGAUAACAUUAAUACAUGAUGCUAUAUUAAACUACAAAAAAAAGCAUAUUUAAUUACUUAGUAGUGUGGGCAUGCCCAUGUGUUAGUCUUAAUCUUCUGUCUGCAUGUAUCCUAACCUGAUUAUCUCUCUUCCUUCGAAUUCACUCACCCACCCAUUCUCUCAUUUCAUUUUCCUAUAUUCAUUCACUCACCGAAUCAAAACAACAACAAGAAUUUAAGAGAUCAUGGAAGGCAUCACAGCCAGCGUGUACAAGGGUUUGAAGGAGUACUGGGAGAGAAGAGGAUACCAACGGAUAAAUGGGUCGGGCCGGGGAAGGAGGCGGAACCGGGUGGAGCUGGGAACAACCCAGACACGGAGGGGACGGUUGUGGCGGUGGAGGAUCAAGCUGUCACCCAAGAUCCGAAUCCAGAGAAUCCCUUCGCCGAAGAAGAUGCUGAUAUGGAUGAGGGAUGCCUACGUGAAGAUGAUGAUGGGUCUCGCCAACUCGCGGGUUGUCACUGUCGGCGCCUCCGCCGGUAGCUUCGGUGGCGGUGCGUGCACCGCCCCGGGUUGGUUCGCGAGGGCGCCGCAGAAGGAGUACGAUGAGAAGGUGAUCUUACAGAUCUAUAAGUCGCUGCUCAUGGCACGUGGACAGCACAUGGUGCCGCCGCCGCCGCCGCACGAGGCUUCCGGAAUCGCCGCCGCAGAUUAAUCUGCCAACUGUCGUGCAGUUACCAAGAACAGUAGCAUCUUCUUAUGUUAAUUUCUUUGUUUCUAUCCAUUUCUAUUUUCUUUUUUUAGUUAUUGUGUUUUUGGGGGCUUUAUCUUAUCUGCAACGUAAAUCUAUCAGCUUAGUUGGUUUUUCGUGCUUCCCAAUUGGACCUAAUUAGUGCAUGUCAACAUCACUGCAAUAUGUAGAUAUGAAACUAUUGUGAUAGAAAUCAUAACAAUUACUACAAGUUCCUAGCUAUGGAAUUUGGACAUGUAAUAUUCUCCUUUUGCUGAAAGUUUCUGUCAAGCAAGGUAGCCCAAAUUAUGUAACAAAGUGAAAGUUGAUAUGCAAAUGAAUAAGUGAUUUUAUGACA